GCGCACGACGGCAGCAUGGGCAUCCUCGCCUCCGCCGUCGCGACGACCACGGUGAUCGGCCUCCUCCUCCUCCUCGGCUGCCCGCCGCCGUACGCCGCCGCGCGGCCGCUGCCGAGGGGCGCCGGCGCGACGCGCUCCGCGGAGGAGGCGGCGCUCUUGCUGGCGCCGCCGCCGGCGUCUGACGGCGGCGGGCUGCAGUGGCGCGCCGCCGCCGACGCGGCGGCCAGGGCGGGGAAGUGGCUCCCGUUCGCCGGCGCCGCCGCGCGCGCGCGCUACCCGGCGCUGUGGGGUUUUCCUCCGGCGGCGGGGAGGCCGCUGCCGUGGGCGGCGGCGGCUCGCACGCCGCCGGAGCUGGUAUUCAGGACGGGCGGCCAGCUGAUGGAGGAGCCGCCGCACGAGGAGGACGCGGCGACACGGCAGGAGCAGGUCGCCAUGUGGGCGUCGCUGCUCAACCCCGCGCAGGUCAGGCCGACGGCGCCGGCCUGGGCGAUGGUGGGCAAUGGCGAGGCGCCGCCGGCCGACGCCGAGCCGACGACGGCCGAAGGGAUGGACGCCGCCGACGAGCCGCCUGCCACCGGCGGCACGAUCUUCGGCCAGCCAAAGUGGCCGGGGUCACCGUGAUCACCGUGCCCAAACAGUUCCUUUCCAAAUAUUUUUAUUUUUUUAUUUUCUAGCACUAAUUAUAUAUGUCUGAGUGUUGGCAAGAGUAAGGAGAUAAACAUGGAUUAUUUCUCUUACUAAAUUUUGUUAUUUUUUCUAAUCCUUCAGCUUUGCUUUUAAAUUUACUUAACAAC